CGAAGCCGAACACGGGCCGCAUGCGCGCGCUGCACAGCCUUGUAGGUUCUUUCCAGCAUGGCUGCCAUAGGAGUUCAUUUCGGGUAUACCUGCGCUUGCGCUGCGAUAUUUAAGGACGGCCGGGCCGAUGUGGUGGCGAACGACGCCGGGGACCGAGUGACUCCAGCGGUGGUGAGCUACAGAGCAACCGAGCAGAUUGUCGGCAUCGCAGCGAAGCAGGGACGGGUCCGCAACGCCGCCAACACGAUUGUCAAAGUGAAACAAGUGCUGGGGAGGAGCUUUGAUGAUCCGGAGACACAAGCCCACAAAACAGAGACCAAGUGUCAGGUGGUCAACAGACAGGAGAAGCCUUAUUACGAGAUCACAGCAGGAGAUCACCCAGAGUAUGUCUCUCCAGAGGAGGUUGCGAAACUCAUCUUCCGCAAAAUGAAAGAAACGGCUCAGUCGGCUCUCGGCUCAGAUGUCACAGAGGCGGUCAUCACCGUCCCUUUCGAGUUUGCACACGCUCAGAAACGCGCUUUGAGGGAGGCAGCUGAAGCUGCAGGCUUCCAUGUGCUGAGACUGAUCCACGAGCCUGCUGCGGCCAUGUUGGCCUAUAACAUAGGGCAGGAGUGUUCUUCUGGAAAGAGGUACCGAUUAUUACUUAAUGCAUUCAUUAUGAUAUCCAAACAUAUCCACUCCAAACCGCAUGCACUCAUGGAUCUGCACCGUGUUGACAGCCACGUCCUCGUGUAUAAGCUGGGCGGGACGUCCCUCAGUGUGACGGUGCUGCAGGUCAACGGAGGAGUGUUUCGGGUCAUUAGCACCCACACCGACAACAGCAUCGGAGGAGAGAGCUUCACCGAGGCCUUGGCCCAGCACCUCGCCACCGAAUUCAAACGCACCUUUAAGCACGACGUGAGCACUAACGCCAGGGCGAUGAUGAAGCUGAUGACCGGAGCAGACAUGGCCAAACACACUUUGUCCACGCUGGAGUCGGCCAACUGCUUUGUGGACUCUCUGCACGACGGCAUUGACUUUGAAUGCAAAGUGUCCAGAGCUCGAUUUGAGCUGCUCUGCUUCGCCCUCUUCAACAAGAGCAUCCAGCCAAUCAGACCCCUGCUGGAGGAGGCGGGACUGUCCACCAAAGACAUUAACAAGGUGGUUCUCUGCGGUGGCUCGGGCAGGAUCCCUCGUCUCCAGCAGAUGAUCCGUGAAACGUUUCCAGAUGUGGAGCUCCUGAGCUCGGCACCUCCUGAUGAGGUCAUUGCUGUGGGAGCAGCCCUGGAGGCAGGCUUACUGGUUGGCAAGGACAGCCUUGCCCCCGAGGAAGAGUCCGUCACAGUGGACGUCUCUGCCACAGACAUACUAGUGAAGGAGGUGGAUGAAUCCGGAGCCGAGGUGUUCACUGUUCUGCUUCCAUCGGGCACGCCCCUCCCCGCCCGCAGACAGCACGUCCUCAGUGGAGGGGGGGAGCUGUCCUCUCUCUGCUUGGAGAUUUACCAGAGAAGUGUCACGGAGAAGCCAGAAAAGCUAGCCAUGAUUGUCCUGAAGGACCUGCAGCCCAGAGAGGAGAACCAUGACAUCGACACCGUGGUGACCAUGAAAAGGGACGGCUCCGUUCACGUGUCCUGUGUAGACCAGAGCAGUGGAAGGCCAGAGGUCGUAACCAUAGCAGCUGCAUCAUGAGGCCGCAGUACAAACCACACACCAGCGCAGUCUCUGCAAAUGUUGAGCUUUUUUCUCACUAAAUAAACAUAACUGAACUCAAA